AUGAGAAGGUCCGCUGGAACAACAACAGCAACAACUCCACCUCCAACUGUAACAACAAUUCCUGUAUGUCCAACAGCAACAUGGAAUUCAACAUUUACAACAGCAGCCGGUUCCACCGGCACGGCUGGAUCAACAUCGACAUUACUUUAUAAUCCAUAUGAUGUUGAUUUUGAUGCUUAUAAUUAUAUGUAUGUUGUUGAUUAUUAUAAUCAUAGAAUUCAAAGAUAUCCUCCAGGAUCAAAUACCGGUACAACAGUAGCUGGUUCAACAGGUUCAGCUGGUAGCGCACUUUCACAAUUAUAUUAUCCAACUGCAAUAGAUGUAACUGCUAAUGGAACAAUGUUUAUAAUGGAUACAACAAAUUACAGAGUUAUAAGAUGGCAAUUAGGAGACCCACUUGGGUAUAUUGUUGCUGGUGGAAAUAGUAAUGGUGCAGCAUUUACUCAAAUUGGUGCAAGCUAUGGUAUAUUUGUUGAUGGUCAGUAUAAUAUUUAUAUAUCAGAACAAACAAAUCAUCGUGUUACUAAAUGGUUUAACGGAAAUACAACUGCUGGAAAUUUGGUUGCUGGUGGAAAUGGUCUUGGUACUACACCAGAUAAAUUAUAUUAUCCGUGGGGAAUUUAUGUUGAUAGUAAUAGUAGUCUAUAUAUUGCUGAUAGAAGUAACAAUCGUAUCCAACGAUGGGAUUCAGGUGCUGCUAAUGGUAUAACUGUUGCUGGUGAUACGAAUGGAAAUGCUGGUUCAUUCUCAUAUCAAUUGAACAGUCCAACAGGAGUUAUGGUCGACCAAUAUGGUUCUAUUUAUAUAUUAGAUUCAGCAAAUGCACGCAUUCAAAAAUGGACUGAAGGUGCAACAUUUGGAGUAACUGUUUUAUUAGCAACAUUGAGUAAUCCAUUGGGAAUGGGAAUUAAUGCAUUUGGAAAUUUAUUUAUAGCUGAUACAAAUAAUCAUCGUAUUCAAUCAUUUGCGGUUUACUGUCCUGUAACAACAACAACUGUUUCGCCAUCAGCACAAACAUCGGUACCAUUAUGCUCAACAGCCAUGUGGAAUUCUGCAGCAAAUGUAAUAGUUGGCCCAACAGGAACUGCAGGAAAUACACCAACAUUUCUAUCAAGUCCAUACGAUAUAAAUUUUGAUAAAUAUCAACAGAUAUAUGUUGCUGAUUAUGGUAAUCAUAGAAUUCAACAAUACACAUUUGGAUCUAAUGUAGGACGAACAGUCGCUGGUAUAACUUCAAAUCCUGGAAGCACAUUAGGUCAACUCAAUAAUCCAUCUGCCAUNAAUAUUUCAUUUCAUAUAUGCUGA